AUGAAAUACGUAGUAAUUGGCGGCGGAAUCGCCGGAGUUUCAUGUGCAAAUGAAAUGCUAAAACUCGAAAGAGCUCCUGAACUCGAAGUUGUUCUCAUUUCGUCAUCGAGUUUUGUCAAGUCAGUUGAGAAUUAUCGAAAAGUAGGACAAUACGGUGAAAAGUUCGAUGUAAGCGAGGCAGAUUCCUCCGAGAUUUUCCCUGAUCAAAGAUUCAAAUUUAUAAAUGACACAGUGAUAAAUUGGGAUGCUCAGAAAAAGGAUAUUCAACUUCAGAAUCAUGAAAAGCUGAAAUAUGACAAACUAUGCAUUGCGACCGGUUCUAGACCAAAGCUUCAGAACGAGUUACGCGCCGAUCCCAGAUUUCUGUUUCUGAGGGACACACAAAGUGCAGAGCAAUUGAAGCAUCAGUUGGGAAGCGCUAGAAAUGUUCUCAUUGUCGGAAAUGGUGGAAUCGCAACUGAGCUGAUUUACGAACUGAAGAAUGUGGAGUUGACGUGGCUAGUGAGAGAUUCGUGGAUUUGUGCUUCGUUCUUUCCGGAAGAUGUUGAGAAAUUCAUUGAAAAGCGUCUGCUAAAUGGACGAUCGGAUGGAAAGAAGCAUGACGGAGUUCAGAAGCAUCUUCGAUAUUCAACGUCAUCUGUAUCUCAUCCUGGUCCUUCCGGACCUGCACUCGGUCCUGACUGGUGUUCAACCAUUGAUUUCGGUCAGAUUUCACAGAAAUCCACCAAUCGAACAGUGAAGAUUUUGAGGAAUUGUGCCAUAGGGAAUAUCGAGACUUCUGGAGAAUUAAAUAUUGAAUAUCUGGACAGAAAUAAUGGGACAAAAAGCUUUUUGAAGCCGGAUCUCGUUAUCUGGGCUGGAGGAGUUACACCAAAUUCCGAAGUUUGGAGAAAAGACGAAUCUUUGAAAACAACUGCAAACGGUGGAAUUUCUGUGAAUGAUGCUUGUGAGACAUCUAUUUCUGACGUGUAUGCUUGUGGCGAUGUCUCUACUUUAACUCUAUCAGAAGUGUCUUCUACUCUUUGGAAUCAGAGACAACUUUGGACCCAAGCACGUCAAUUAGGAGAAGUAUGUGGUCGAGCGAUGGUUGCAGGUGCAGAAGAAGCCCGAAUGCAGAACAUGUACUUCGAGCUUUUCUCACACUGCACCACGUUUUUCGGAUUGAAGGUAAGCUAG